AUAAAAAUGAAAAUACUACAGUAGCAAAAAAAAAGACUAUGCAAACUAAACAAGGCCUCAGUUAGUAUGAUUAUUGUUUCGGCAGACUGUAGCAGGCUCUAAUUGGGCUUAAGUGAUGAUGCUAAUGGGCUGGGCUGGACACUCCAAGACGGAUAUACAAGAUGAACUGAAGAACACGUACUCGUGAGUCGUGACCAAUUCCACGCCGCCGCCGCGCUGUCGCCCGCCAUGGAAGAAGAUGGCCGCAUCAGCCGCCCUCCUGCGCACCAAGGAAGGCGGCCGUACGCAGGCCAUCGCCUCCCGUUGGCGCCACAUCUGGAGCUGCGCCCCCCUCAACAUCGAUCUCCACGACCGGCCCCCUAUCCAGCGCCGCAUUCCGCUGGCGCGGAUCUCCGGCAUCCUGUCCUCACACCGGGGCCCCGGCCGCCGCUUCUGCAUCCCCAGAGACUACUUGGAGAACGACGCCCGCCCCGCCGCCACGCUCGACGCCUGGCUUCGCUCCCCCGCCCUCGACGGCCUCCAGGAGCUCGACUUCCACUACGGCUCUACAUGGUCCCGGCUUCAGCAUCAGGGGAGCCUGUCGCCGGCUCACAAUGAGUCCCCAGAGUCAAGGGUGACAAAUGCAUGGCAUCACAAAUAUCAGAACCUUAUUGGUACCCUUGACAUUCGUCUCAAGAAAAUUGUGCUGUCAAGCUAUCAAGGCAGCAAGGCACAUAUCAACUUUGCCGCAUUCUUUGUAUUCAACGCUAGAGUCCUCGAAUCAAUGGUGCUUCAACUAGAUGUUAGUAAGUACCAUAACAAAGGAUGGAUUGAAAAACAAAAGGCAUUGCUCCAGAUCGAAAAGAGAGUUUCAAGGGGUGCGCAGUUUGAUUUUGUGCGUCAUUUUGGUUGGCCCAAGCAUUCUGACCAUAUGUGGUAUGAGCAAGUACAUGAUUUAUCAACAGCUGACCCAUUUGUAGGGUUUGACUACUGGGCCACCGGUUAGCAGGCUAUACUCAGAAACCUGAUUAGCCACUUAUCUGCAGUGUUCUCACAUUUGGCAUCUCUGUUCCUUAUAUUGUAAUUUGUCAACAAACUAAGUGCUAUAUAUUGGUCUACCCGUCCAAGUGCUUGUUGGGUAUUUCUUGGUAAGUUGGUAUUAUUUGUAACAUUUGUGGUUUAAAGAGAAAUUUCUUGGGAAGAAAAUGAGAGUAUUAUUUAGAAGCUAGUCAUGUGCAAUGUAUCAAGUAUUAGAGCAAUUAUUCUGUUUUUCUCUUCAGUAAAGUUGUAAAAAGAACUCAAUGUACAAAUCCAGGGAGUGUCAAAUGAAUCGCAUGGCAGUGUUCCUUUGGCUAA